AUGUCCUUUCGAGCACGGCGACCGGCGUCUCCUCCACCAGGAGUACCUCACGCGGCGCCCCAGCGAUUUCCACAUUCUCGGCAGGACCACUUGGAUGCGGAUGCACGGAGAGAGGCAGCGUCGAAAGGAUUUGUGCCCAAUAGAGGCAAGAGCCACUCACCAGGAGGAUUGAGCUUGACGUCGGGAGAGUUGAAGCUGCUGGUCGUCAUUAUCAUCGUUGCUGCGGCUGUACGUUUGUUCCAUCUAUCGAGCCCCAACAGUGUAGUGUUCGACGAAGUACACUUUGGUAAAUUUGCCAGCAGGUACAUCAAGACACAGUACUUCGUGGACGUGCAUCCACCGUUGGCCAAGCUGUUAAUUACACUGGCUGCUUUUAUAUUUGGAUAUGAUGGGCAUUUUGACUUCAAGGAUAUUGGAAAAGUAUAUGAUGAUGUACCCUAUGUCGCAAUGCGUCUCGUCCCUGCAAUACUUGGUGUCGCGACCGUUCCCCUCUCUUAUCUUACCCUACGCGCUCUGGAAUGUCGUGCGACAACGGCGCUACUGGCUUCUUUACUCAUAACAUUCGAAAACGGCAUGAUCACACAGUCGAGGCAUAUCCUCCUCGACUCUCCCCUCAUUUUCUUUACUGCACUUACCAUCUUCUUUUGGGUUGGCUUUUGCAAUGAGGAUAAGCAUAAGCCAUUUACUGAGACGUGGUGGUCAUGGCUUACCCUGUCCGGGCUAUCCCUUGGUGCCGUCGUCAGCUGUAAAUGGGUCGGACUCUUCACCAUUGCUACAGUCGGUCUGAGCACCGUACAACAACUAUGGUACCUCCUUGGAGACCUAAGAGUGUCACCACGCUUGUUCAUGAAACAUUUCACUGCUCGCGCGCUCUGUCUCAUCGUCCUCCCACUCCUGUUCUACAUGACCAUGUUCCAGAUUCAUUUCAUGCUCCUCGGAAGUUCUGGAGAGGGAGAUGGUUUCAUGAGUUCUGAAUUUCAGCACACGCUUGGCGGCCGUGGUAUGGCAGACACCUAUGCCGAUAUUGCCAUUGGCUCUACCGUGAGCAUCCGACACGUCAAUACACAGGGCGGCUAUCUGCACUCGCACCCGCACAACUACCCUGGUGGUUCCAAACAGCAACAGAUCACCCUGUAUCCCCACCGAGAUUCCAACAACGAUUGGAAGAUAAUCAAUGCAAGCGCCAACUACUCACCAGCCGACUGGUCCACCGAGCCCCUUAACCACAUCUAUCCUGGCGCCCGAAUCCGACUACGCCACGUCUCCACAGAGAAAGCUCUCCAUUCCCAUGAUAUCCGCCCUCCCAUAUCGGACGUCGAAUUCCAGAAUGAGGUUUCAGGCUACGGGAUGCCCGGGUUCGAAGGGGAUGGCAACGAUGAUUGGAUCGUUGAGAUAGAGCAUGGCGACCGCCGUGAUAAAGACUCGAGCAAACGACUGCGAACCCUGAGGACGACGUUCAGACUGCGGCACGCUCUGCAGGGAUGCUACUUGUUCUCGCACAAGGUUAAGCUUCCGGAAUGGGGAUACGAACAGCAGGAGGUUACGUGUAACAAGAACGCGGUGAGGGCUAAUUCAUUGUGGUUUGUCGAGACUGCGACGCAUCCUGCAUUGCCUGAGGAUGCACCUAAGGUUAAUUAUCGAUUGCCUGGAUUCUUCGCCAAGUUCGUGGAGCUGCAGCAAGUGAUGUGGACGACGAACGCUGGACUGACGGAUCGGCACACUUUUGACUCUCGUCCGGACUCUUGGCCUCGUCUGCGGCGGGGUAUCAACUUCUGGGUCAAGGAUCAUCGUCAGAUAUAUCUGAUCGGCAACCCUAUUAUAUGGUGGCUGAGCACCCUUUCCGUCGCGUCGUACAUUUUCGUUCGGGGAUUCCUCAUUCUACGGGCAAAGCGAGGAUACCAGGAUUUUGCUAGCACCAAGGUCGUCAAAUAUGACUCCCUUUGUGGUUUCUUGUUUCUAGGCUGGUCUCUACACUAUUUCCCCUUCUUCCUAAUGGGCCGACAGCUCUUCCUUCACCAUUACUUCCCCGCGCUAUAUUUUGCCAUCCUGCUGUUAUGCGGAGUGUUUGAUCUUGUCACAUCGACGUUGCGCCCGAGGGUGCGGCUGCAAAUUGCUGCAGUCCUCAUCAUCAUUUCCAUCUGGGCCUUUGUGCACUUCAGUCCGUUGGCGUACGGAAAUGCGUGGACGAAGGACGAAUGCAAGAACUCCAAGUGGCUAAAGACGUGGGACUUUUCGUGCAAUGACUUCCUAAAUGAUGUAUGUUCUCCUCUAUCAUCUUCACCUUGA